CGCUCAGUUGAGCCUCGACAGCAGCCGAGAAAUAAAAGGAGAGUGAAAAUUGCCUCCUGCAAGUGCAAAGGGCUCAACACUGAGGUACUAAAGUGUUCUUUAAUCGUUGCUUUUAUUCUUCGUGAAAUGGCACAAUGACGGCAAAAGUGAGGAAGCUUAGAAUAUGGGACAUGCAAAUGGUUACUGCUGACAUGAGAUCUGUGGUUGCGAUGCCUACCAGCCGCGUGGGUUUACUGAUUUUUGUCUGUUACACAGCACUGUGGUGUAUAGGAGAUACACUCAUAAACAGCUCUUCUAAUCAAGACAAAGAAGUAAGAGUCCAUUCGGAAAACAUUACACGUAUUCUCGAUAGACUUCUCGAUGGAUAUGAUAACAGGCUACGACCCGGUUUUGGAGGUCCGGUCACUGAAGUGAAAACUGACAUAUACGUGACAAGUUUCGGUCCUGUAUCUGACGUGGAUAUGGAAUAUACCAUGGAUGUCUUUUUCCGUCAAACUUGGAUUGAUAAGAGGCUAAAAUUCGAUGGACCCAUUGAAAUACUUAGAUUGAAUAACUUAAUGGUUAACAAAAUUUGGACUCCAGACACUUUCUUCAGAAAUGGAAAAAUGUCCAUCGCUCACAAUAUGACGACUCCCAACAAGCUUUUCAGAAUCAUGCAAAAUGGCACUAUUCUUUACACCAUGAGACUCACCAUAAAUGCAGCAUGUCCUAUGAGACUUGUGAACUUCCCAAUGGAUGGGCAUGCGUGUCCCUUGAAGUUUGGCAGCUCAUUGCUUAUUAACUCGGCUCUGACUGCCUUGGAGAUGGACAUAAAAUAUUCUUUGGCACAAUUCACAAUAUACCGCUCUCAGAUUCUUGGCCAACAUCAUUCUGAUUCCAAUUCCAACUUAAAGAAAAGAUUUAACUCCAUGGCACCUCAGAAAGAGUCAGCAGCCAAUGUAGAACCAGAUCCUAACAGCAAUGUGCCACCAAUUUCGUAUUCUGCUCCUGGUCUCCCUCCAUCUGCUCAACCACAAUCUCAUACUGGCACCAGCAAGAUAGACCAGUAUGCCAGGAUCCUUUUCCCGUUAUCAUUUGGAGCUUUCAAUCUGGUGUAUUGGAUUGUAUACCUUUCAAAAGACACUAUGGAAAUGGGAAGUAAUAUAUAACUUUCCAUGUCAUAUGUUACAUGUGUGUGCAAUCAAACAAUAUUGCAUUAUCAUGUAUACAAAAAUAAUGGAUAUAUCGAUUUUCUUACAAAAUAGAUGCACAGUGCACAGUUAAAUGAAAACAUAAUUUCUUGGGGGCAAAAUAUGUUACAGUGUUGAAAUACUGUUUUACAUAUCAUUUCUUUAUAAUACAUAACAAUUGAAAAUAUCCACUGAAGAAAGACAGGAAUAAAACAGAAUUACAACAGUUUAAUUUGAUGUAAACUGGACAAUUUCUCAUUUGAAGAACUGAAUUUAGUGGACAGAUUCUGCUUUUCAUAUUUUGCACUCCUGUCCUAUCAAAUAUUUUAUGACUUUACCAUAUUAUUCAAUAUAUUAUCAAGGCUGGUUUUGAUUUGACUCUUGUAAACCGGGAAAUACUGUGGGUUGUGUGUUGGAAUCUUGUAACAUAUUGUUAACUUUCUUUAGUUCAGUCCUGAGAAUAUUUUGGAGAAGAUUUAUUUUGUGUGCUCAUUGUGGUUUGAAGUAAAAUACUGCAAUAUAUAAUAACA